CCGCGUCUUUCGCUCACUCCAAUCUCGCCGGCGGCGGAAAAGCUUUUUCUUCGUUCCUGGAUCUCGUCUCCCGAAUUUCAACGUCCGUUGAUUCGCCCGCUAAUCGCUCAAUUUCUUCUUCUUCAGACGAUCAAAGCCGGAAGAAGCUUCGAUUGUUGUUUUUGAGUUCUGAAGAAGUGAAAUAUGAGCAGCAGCAGCUCCAGAGAGGGAUCUCCCGAUUGGCUCCGAUCUUUCCAGCCACCAACCACUACUUCAUUGUUAUCACUAUCUUCGUCCUCUGAAUCUGCUCCAGAGGAUAGUCCUUUCAGGGAAUCUGAAACCAUUUCGUCUCUUCCUCUGCCUGAUGACACUGAAGCCACCACGAUUGUGGACUCGAAGACGAAGUUGGUGACAAAGCAAGUGUUUUCUAGAAAGAAGAAAGCAGAUGCUACUCUCAACCUUGAAGAGAAGCAGGAUGGAAACAAAGCUUACGGUGAAGAAAACUCUACCAAGCUUAAGAACGAUCUAGGAGGAGAUGAUUCUGUAUGGCUUGUCUCAUCUGAUUCUGAACCACCCUCCAGUGAUCCGAUAAGCCAGAAAGUAAUUAUCUUAACUGAAGAGGAUGAGGAUCUUGUUAUUCUAGAUAAAGAGGUAGAACCUGCGGUUAAGAAGGCUCCAAAGAAAAAAUCUCCGAAGAAAAACAGUGCACAAGAAAUAAGUGAAGAUAAAGAUACAGAUUCCAUAGUAGCUGACGAAGUGACAACGGAUAAGAACACCAAGCCUUCUUCUGGUUCAAGUUCAAAGUUGCCUUUGGUACUUUCUGAGAAGGUGAAUCGUACAAAGGUACUCGUUGAAUGUGAAGGGGACUCAAUAGAUCUGAGUGGAGACAUGGGGGCUGUUGGACGCGUGGUUGUUUCAGACACCACCCAGGACGUGUUCUUGGAUGUUUCAGGAACCAUAUAUAAAUCUACAAUUGUCCCAUCCAGAACAUUUUGCGUAGUUAACGUAGGUCAGUCAGAGGCAAAGAUAGAAGCUAUUAUGAAUGACUUCAUACAGCUAACACCAGUAUCUAACGUCUAUGAAGCAGAAACGAUGGUGGAAGGCACUCUGGAGGGAUUUUUGUUCGAUUCAAAGCCUCCAGAUGAUCAAAGUGGAGACACAGCAGAGGUAACCAAAGGAAGUGGCAAAGCGAAAGCAAAAAGCGAGAAUGUUGUAGGGAAAAAGAGAGGAAGACCAUCUAAAGAGAAGCAGCAGCAGCAGCAACCAGCAAAGAAAGCUAGAAGUUCUUCUGCUCCUAAGAAAACAAAACCCAAGAAAUGAGUUAUGAUUUCGAUUUAUAUGAAACAGAGUAGUUUUUUCAUAUAAACAGAAAAGAAGCAGAAGCAAGUUCGUUACUGUAGUUCACUUAAAAUGCGGAAAGCAGUAAGAUGAACAGAGCAGUAGUAUUAUAAAGUCUCUCCUACAUAACAAUAAGAAAUUU